CACGUGAAAUAAUGUGAUUUUGUUUUUAGCGAGUAAUAGUAAAAAAGCAUCACUCUAUGUCCAAUAUUGCUUUCGAAAAUUUAUACCUCGUGAGAUAAUGAAUAAUUUGGAAAUAAUAAAAAAACAAUUUAUGAUUUUCUCAUCAACAUUAUUUUGUAUUCAUAAGUUUUGAAUAUUAAUCAAAAGUUGAUUGAUUAGUGGAUUUAACAGUUGGUAGUUUGAGCUUAGAGCGAAUCCGUUUCCUUGGUUCAUUCAUAACCUACUACGUUUUCUUUUGAUCAUCGUUUUACAAGUGCUUGUUCUCUUGAAGAGCUAAGGCCGAAUUUGGCGACUUGCACGUAGUAAAACUAAUAAUAAUCCAUUUAAAAUGUCUAAAGCCGAACUUGCCUGUGUCUACUCAGCUCUCAUCCUCGCCGAUGACGAUGUUGCCGUAACUGGCGAGAAGAUCCAGACGAUCAUCAAGGCCGCGGGCGUUGAUGUGGAGCCAUACUGGUCGGGUCUGUUCGCCAAGGCUCUGGAGGGAGUCAGCGUGAAGGACCUGAUCACGAACGUGGGUGCCGGAGUGGGAGUCGCCCCUGCCGCAGGUGGAGCCGCCCCUGCUGCUGCUGGAGGCGCUGCCCCCGCCGCCAAGGAGGAGAAGAAGGAAGAGAAGAAGAAGGAGGAGAGCGAGAAUGAGUCUGACGACGACAUGGGCUUCG